AUGCCGUUCUCGUUCGGUAACUACAAUGGCACCUGUAAUUCCAUGGCGCUAGUCUCGUGCCCUCUCCUGGGCUCUGAGCUGGGUAUCGUACCCGAGUGCUACUCGCGCAAUAUUGACAUCAACAAUACGAUCAUCUUUCAGCCGGCUACGUGCAUUAUCCACAUUGCCGCGAUCAUCAUGACUGCCAUCAUGGUGUGGCAUGUGCACUCAAAGUACACCGCCGUGGGCCGGAAAGAGAUCGUGUUCUUUUUCUAUCUGUACGGUUUCUCUGAGCUGCUUGUCCUGUUCCUCGACUCGGCUGUGAUUCCGACGCAUACCGGUGCCUACUUGUGGUUCACCGCCAUCUACAUUGGCCUGAAAACGUGCAUCUUUUGGUGCCUGAUGCUCAACGGCUUUGUCGGGUUCCAGUUCGCAGAGGACGGCACGGCACUCUCACUCUGGACCCUGCGCAUUUCCACGCUGAUUUUCUGGGUGGUGGGCUUUGUGGUGUCCGCCUUUGCUUUCAAGAACCAGCCGCAGGGCUCCCAGGCCGGCGUGUGGUUCUUUGAGUUUAUCUUCCCGCUGAUCAUGGUCCUGAUUUACAUUGUUUCGCAGGUCAUUCUCGUGCUGCGUACGCUGGACGACUUCUGGCCGAUUAAUGAUAUUGUCUUUGGCACGCUCGCCUUUGUCUCGGGUCUAAUCCUCAUGUACGGCUUCAACAACCAGAUCUGCGAGCACGUCAAGCACUACAUCGACGGCACCUUCUUCGGCGCCCUCUGUAUGCUCUUCUCCGUGAUGAUGGUGUACAAGUACUGGGACUCGAUCACCAAGGAGGACCUCGAGUUCAGUGUCGGCUCCAAGCACUCGGCCUGGGACGCCAAGGAGCCCCUCGUCUCGUCCGACUUUGACGGCUCGGUCCAGUCUUACGACGCUGGCCGCAGCCCCGUUUCGUCGCGCGCAUUCAGCUCUCGGCCCCCGUCGCCUCCGCGCAAGGAGAGCGGUGCCAGCCAAUAUACUAUCGGCAAGGCCAUGCCCCACUCCUUCUCCGAUGCCGGCAGUGGACUUCCCCAGCACCGCUAA